AUGGCCAAUAGAGAAUUCCAUUACAGCUCCAGGAAGCUCAUCCUUCCCACUUUAUCACUUGCCUCCCGUCUCCUCCUAUCUCUCCUCUGCCUCGCCUCAAUUGUUCUCUGUUUCUCGCUCUUCCGGAACGACACCGCGUCCCCACCGCCGCUAACCUAUUCAGUGGUGCCGGAGAAGAAUGGCGGCACCUGCGACUACUCAGACGGGCGGUGGAUCUACGAUCCUACCGUCAGAUCUCCGCCGCGGUACGACCACACCUGCAAGGAGAUAUUCAAAGGGUGGAAUUGCAUCGCCAGCGGCAAAUCCAACGCAGUUGAUAUACUCAAGUGGCGAUGGAAACCCUACGGCUGUGAUCUCCCACCAUUCGAUGCGCUUCGGUUCCUAGAGAAGUCCCGAGAUACGAAUAUUGGAUUUAUUGGGGACUCCUUGAAUAGGAACAUGUUUGUUUCUCUUUUUUGUGCUCUGAAACAAGUGUGUCCUGAGGUUAAAAAGUGGCGCCCUGCUGGAGCUGAUCGAGGCUUCACUUUCGUCAAGUACAAUCUUACCAUUGCUUAUCAUCGAACGAAUCUUCUGGCUCGAUAUGGUAGGUGGUCUGCCAAUAGUAAUGGUGGUACAUUGGAGUCACUUGGUUAUAAGGAGGGCUAUAGAGUUGAUGUUGAUCUACCAGAAGGAACUUGGGCAGAAGCUCCAAGUUUUCACGAUAUACUCGUCUUCAAUACAGGACACUGGUGCCAGAGUGCACCUGAUGUCCUGAUUAUGUAUUUGCUCCUUGAAGCUGAAAACCCUUGUGUAAUCUGUGAACUUUCUCAAGUUGAUUCAAGUUCAUUGGACUUCAAAUUUCUAAGCCAGUUGCAUCAGUGGUGGGCCCCUUCAAAGUUUGAUCCUGUGAAAUCACCAAUGCUCUUCUUUGAGAAAGGUCUUCCCGUGACUCCUCCAGUCGCCCCUGAGGCUGGGCUGGAUAUGGUCUUAAAACACAUGGUGGAACAACUGUUCUCAAUCAAGAACAAUGGUACGAAUGUGGAGACACGUCUUGUGAACCAGCACCUAUACAGGGCCUUGGAAGGUUCUAAUUUUCAAAUAUUGGACAUAACACGAAUGAGCGAGUUUAGAGCUGAUGCUCAUCCAUCUACAGCCGGCGGGAAAAGACACGAUGACUGCAUGCAUUGGUGCUUGCCCGGACUUACCGAUACUUGGAAUGAUUUGUUCAUAGCUCAACUAAAUACCCUUUAG